CAGCGGUCAGGCCGGUGGCGCGGUGCGUGAUGUCUGUCCGUGAGUCCCCCGAUCAUGGAUCCAGCGGCAGCUAUGACGUCCAGGAGGCCGAGAGGAGGGAAAGGGCCGCUCAGAGAGUACUGGUGAACUCCCCCGCUAUACCGUCCGGCCCGCUGCGGGUACACCCCAGAUGGCUGCAGCAGCAGCGGCUGGUCUCCGACGAGUCGCGGACGGACUCCACACCCACCUCGGACGUCUUUGAGCCCAUCAAAUCGUCCGGAAAGAAAACCAGGUUUCAGAUGACCCCGCACCCUAUCACGGGACAACAUCUCAUCAUACCGCCGGGGAGGACUCGCUCCAGCAGCCGCACCACGCCGCGCGCCCUACGCACCGGUCAAGGUCAGGGGGGCUGUCUCAUAAAUAGACGCCUCACGCCGCGCGCCCUGCGCACCGGUCAAGGUGAUGACACUGACUGCAGCCCCGCCGCGGCGGGGGCGGGGGCGGGGGCGGACCCGCGCGGCCGCCGCCUCUGCUGCGUUGGCCUGGUGCUCGUCUCCGUCCUCCUACUGGUUGCACUGUGCGUCGGAAUUUUGGCCAGCCACUUAAAUAACGACGGCAGUCGGGCGUCCCAUAGCGCGGCCUCUACCAAUGAAUCGGAUAUCCUGCUACCACUGCCUGCUGCGCCAUCUGGCGUCAACGCAGUGCCGCCACCUACCGCCGACUCCGGGAAACCAUCGACCGUCACCGUAACAACCGAGAGUGAGACAACUGAAAAUGUGAUCGCUGAUGGCGUCUUGCCUAGGAAUGGAGCCGGAAGGAAACUCGACGAUACUUCCACAACUGAAACGAGCGUGUCAGAUGCAGAGAAAAACUCGGAAGAGACCCCGAGGACGGCAAAGCCGGAACCAGAAACAACAAAGGAGGCGGAAAGGCAGACGCCGGCGCCAACCCGCUCCUGGGUAGACCACAGACCUCCGGGAGGAUGGUCCAACGGUGAUACCGACAUCCCACUGAUGCCCAGUCGGCCUCCGUGGAUCGGGGUGACGUCACCGGCAACAGCCAAUCAGAGUCCGGCACCAGCUCCAGCGGCCAAUCAGAGGCCAGCCGAGAGCGUGAAGGCCAACGAAGGAACAGCUCAAGUAGUGGGAGCCAAUGAAAGAGCUCAAGCGGAAAUUGCAUCCAAUGAGAGUCUAGACACCCAACCGCAAACCAAUCAGAGCCCUGAUCAUCGGCCGGGAGCCAAUCAACAGCCAGCUCAGCGCCAGCUGUCAGCCAAUGGUGAUGUAGCUUUGACACCAACGCCUCCUGACGAUGUUGUCGAGUUUUUCCCCGCUGCCGACUGGUCAAAGCAGCCUCCUCCUUUGGAGUUCCAGCCUUGGCUCAACGAGUACAAUGUGUCGAGGGACACUGACACCCAACCUGACUCUGCACCGUCGGAGAUCCCUGUGGUUUUAGACGUGAUCCCACUAAAUGCCACCGUCGGCCCUCCAAAGCCGGACUCCUACCGCACCGUCCGCCACACGGUGCCGGAGGGUGACCUUGACCCGCGGUCGGGGUCACUGACCGCCCUGGACCCGUGGUUGGGUGUCAGCGGUGGCCUUGAUCCGGUGUUUGACCGAGCUCUGAUCAAGGCGCGGAGUUCAGAUUGGGAACUGUUUUAUGACCCGGAGUGGCUGCCCAAGUCGAUGAGGAAGACCGCGGACAGCGCCAAAAGGAUGCUGGAAACGGAGGAAAGAGUAUCAUCGUGUUUCGAGGCACGCUCGAUGACCUGCCCGGGGGAGCAGCGGCGCUGCGCUGCCCGCUGUGACGGGGUCGCAGAGUGUCCCGACCUCUCCGACGAGCGCGACUGCGCCUGCGCCGAGCGUCUGCUGCCCGUACUGCAGUGCGACGGCUACUUCGACUGCCCAGACGAGAGCGAUGAGAUGUCCUGCGACGGCUGUGCGGUGGGCGAAUUCUCGUGCUCCAGCCUGCCCCACCUGCGCGGUGGCCGCUGCGUCCCCCGGCGACACCGAUGUGACGGAGUAGAACACUGUGACAACGGACGGGACGAGCUGGCCUGUCUGCACCUCAGCGAUGACGUCACUCCUCUCCAGGUGUACCCCCUGGUCACCAGUCACGGAUUCCUGCACCGAAUGGUCUCCGGCGAGUGGCUACCCGUCUGUCACAAUGGCAGAGACAUGACUCAGCAGGCUAGCGAGGCGUGCGAGGGCAUCGUCGGACAGUAUACCAUCGGCGUGGCCACGGCCGGUUCGCGGGCGGUCCCUGGCAGCUACGGCGGCCCGUUCGCCGUGCUCGAGGGGACGUUCUCGGCCACGGCGGCGUGCUCCAGCGGCACGGCCGUCUACGUCCGCUGUCCGCCUCCAGCCUGCGGUCACAGCUCGCGGCAGCUGACCUCGGGCAGGGAGGCCAGCCGACGGCCGCGCAGUCAGAACUCUGCCGCGCAAUCAGCCCCCUCUACCCUCCCUCCUCCUCCCCUCUCCCCGCUCUCCUCCCUACAGGACCGCUCUGCUCUCUCCCUGGACGCCUCCGAGUGGGACCUGUGGCGUCCCGGCCCUCCCGCCCCGCUCCCUCCGGUCCCCUCCCCUCUCCCCGCGGACGUGGAGCUGGUACCCGUGUACCACAGCCGGCCCGACGGAGUACACCACCGCCUGCUGGUACCUGAACAUGACGGAAAGAUAGUGGGCGGCGCCCGCAGCGCUCCGGGGAGGCACCCCUGGCUGGUGGCAAUCUACAAGGAUGGUGUGUUUAACUGUGGAGGCACCGUGCUCACGGCCAGAUGGGUGCUCUCGGCGGCGCACUGCUUCGAGAGGUUCGAGAAGUACCGGUACGAGGUGCAGGCAGGGAUGCUGCGGAGGCACAGUUUCGCGCCGUACGAACAGUCGCGGUUGGUGACGCACAUCAUCAUACACCCCGACUACAACAGUCGUGUGUACGCCCACGACCUGGCGCUGGUGCGUCUCUCUCGGCCGUUGGUUCUCACUCAGUGGGUUACCCCCGUCUGCCUGCCGGGACAGGAGGAGCCCCUGCUGGAGCCGGGCUCUCAGUGUACCGUGGUCGGAUGGGGGCAGACCAGACAAGAUGGGCCCGAAGUCCAGGACCUGAUGGAGGUGGAGAUCCCGGUGCUCUCCUUCUGCCCGGAACAUUACGACAACAUCACGAUCCAGAUCUGCGCUGGACCGCUGCAGGGAGGCAAGGACUCCUGUCAGGGCGACAGCGGCGGACCGCUGCUCUGUAGCACGGGAGACGGUCACUGGACACAGUAUGGCAUCGUAUCCCACGGACGGGGCUGCGCGCUGCCCAACUCCCCCGGGGUGUACACCAGGGUAUCGUACUUUCUCCACUGGAUUCUCCCCCUGAUAGCGGUGGACACGGUCGGCUCUGACCGUUUCCCUGUCCAGCGCUGUACCACUCGUCUAUGUCGUCUCCGCGGGGGGAUGUGUCUCAAAGAGUCUCAGCUCUGCGACAAGCAUGUGGACUGCCUCGACCUAGAGGAUGAACGGUUUUGCGGGCCGAACGGUGACGAAAUUCUCCCAGUGAACAGACCGACAACGCCGACCACCACCACUACGCCGAAGCCGUCUCCGUCUCCAUCUCCGUCCCCGUCUCUCCCUUCGCCCGUCGGACCGCCUCCGUACAACGGAUCGGCAGCGGGCUGUACGGACGACGAGUUCCAGUGUCUCAGUGUGUCUCAGUGCGUGCCGGCCUCCCAGCGGUGCGACACCCGGCCGCAGUGUGGGGACUACUCUGACGAGGCCUCCUGCUCUCUGCUCGAUUACCUGGUGAAACACCACCCGGACAGGGUCUGUGACCGCCAUAUCGACCUGCCAGAGGCAGCCGACGAGGAGCUCUGCUGUCCGCCGGAUGCCGGUCAGUUCUACUGUCCGUACAGCCAGCGGAGUAUCCCGCUGAAAUGGUGCUGCGAUCGCCAGGCCGACUGCGAGUUUGGCGAGGACGAGGCCAAUUGCGUGGCGCUGGUGGACCAGAACUCGGGCGCGGUCGACCUGGACCGGCUCGGAAGACCGCUGAAGAGACGGACGGGGGUCGUGGCCAUUAAAUCCGAUUACGCCUCUGGCGCCACGUGGUCUCCGAUCUGCACAGAGUCCCACUCCUGGGUGCGGAGGUACUCUGACGUCAUCUGUAACUACCUCCAUCAGGGCGGCACAAUUGUGGAGCGCAACGUACCGGUGGCGGCGGGUCUGCUGCAGCCCCGCUACCCCCUGGGACCUCCUCUGUACGACUGCGGGAGGGCCGAGCCCGGUAACCACGAAAUCAGGAAGGAGAGCAACACUCCAGAGGCAGCAGGGGUGACGUAUGAAGCAGACGCGGUGUUUGGAGGGCAGGCGUUUGAGGAGGACGCCGUGUUGUUUGGAGAGAGGAGCGCCGGAGCGGCUGAGGAGGGACGGAGGGUCGCCCGCGAGCUGAAAGGUGUCGGACUCAGCUCCUGGUCGGCGCAUCCUCUGCUGGCUGUGCUACAGCAGCUGGAUAAGGCACAGCCGGGCGGCCGGUCGGCCUGCACCGGCGUGCAGCUGACCUGUGGUGACCCGGAGCCCGUCUGUGGCCACCGGCCCGCCCUCAAACAGCUGAGGAACCUGGCCGGGCCCAGCUCAGGUCGCGGAGUGUGGCCGAUGUACGUCACCGUCUACGUCAACGGCGUGGAGGCCGGCGGAGGGACUCUGAUCAGCGCCAGCUGGGUGAUCCUCUCGCCGGAGGUGCUGGCCGGCAUCAGCCCCUCGACAGACUACGUCUCUGUCCGCGCCGGCCAGUACCGCCGUCAGCUGUUCACCACUGGUGACCAACAAACAGUGCGGGUCGACUUCCAGUCCCGGGACGGUCGGGUCACACUGCUCCAUCUGAGCCGGCCGCUGGAGAUCGGCGAGGACGUCUAUCCAGCCUGUCUGCCGCCGGCAACAGCCAGCGGCUCCCCGUCGCCGGACACGCUGCAGAAGUGUUACGCCGUCGGCUGGGACGGGGAUGCGGUGACCAGCGUCAAACUCACCGUAAAGGAGGUGUGCCCCGAACACCACCUCUGCGUGAUGCCCUCCACAGCGGCCAGCUGUAAGACGAGCGGUGUGUGGUCGGGCGCCAUCUUGUGCCAGUCGGCGGACCGUCUGUGGCACGCGAUGGCCGUGUUCCGUGAGCAGGGCCCGCACUGUUUCCGCCGGCCGUCCAGCUGGCCGCGGCUGUCUCCGCACCACCUGCAGCGUCAGCUGACCUGUCUGAACAUCUCGCUGACUGCGCCGCCAGAAAUCGGAGAGAUCUUCAGGGUCGAGCUCCUCGAGAGCUGCCCGCCGGCAGUGGCCAUGUCGGAGCCGCUGUGUACUGGGCACCGGUGUCACCUGGGACAGUGUCUGCACCCCACCCAGGUGUGUAACGGCGUGCCGGAGUGUGACGAUGGCUCGGAUGAGGUGGACUGCGACUUCAACAUCACAUCCUGUGACGUCACAGACGGGCAGUGCGAGUGUGCCGAGGACCAGAUCCAGUGCUCGGAGAGCGGCACCUGCUGGCACUACCGGGCGUUCUGUGACGGCCGCGCAGGCUGUCUGUCCGGUGCAGACGAGCCGGACGUCUGCACUUGCCGAGGCUUCCUCUGGCUGGCGGCUCCGGAGCUCAUUUGUGACCGAAAGGUGGACUGUAAGACCGGGGAUGACGAGUUCGACUGCCAGUACGAGGUCGACCAGUUCCGGUGCUAUAGGGACGCCACGGUGCACCUGAUUGAGCGCUCGCAGGUGUGUGACGUCACGUACCAGUGCGCCGGUGGUGAGGACGAGGAGCACUGUCUGUGUCUUCUGGAACACCUGCCGCCGCUCACCCCCGAUCACACCGGCAAACUGAGCUUCAACGUGUCCGAGAACCACUUCGGCGCGCCCCGCUGUGAUGCCUCUGGCCAUCUUCUAGUCCGUGUGCGUGGACGAUGGGUCGCCGUCCCUCAGGGAAUGUGGAACGAGCAGAAAUCGCGCCAGGUGUGCGCCAAACUCGGCUAUAGAGAGAUGACCAGCUCGGAGAUGCGUCCAAUGCACGGCCACGGUAGUCACAAGUCGGCCAUCUAUAUAGCGUGCGAGUGACGUCACCAAAUGUCGAGCGACGCCAUCAGACACCAGACCUGCCCCCUCUCUCCCUCUACCUCUGUGCUCCGUCCUCUGUCGCGAAGUGGGGACCUGUUGUGUUUAAAUCCGUGCUUGGAUUGUGGUGACGCAUUGUUGUUAAUCUGAGGCUGCUCCAUGAGUUGUUGUGAGACCCGAUAGUCUGUUGAGUUGACAAUGUCUGGUAGUCCGUCAGCCUGUUACUGGUGGUGUUAAGUUGUUACUCUCUGUCUGAUGUUGUUACGUGCACUGCACGAAUGUAAAAACUAUAGCAGUUUUGUACUGCGUUGACUAUUGUUAUUAAUUUUGGUAAUGUGAAUGCUCCUUUCCAUAAUGUGAUUGUGCAAAUGCAUAGACUUGCCACCAAUAGUCAUCAAUUGUAUUGUGAUCAAAAUGUAUUUUUGUGAGGAAUGUACACAAUAUGUGCGUCCAAAUAUAUGCAGAGGAUUGUUA